AUGAAGCACACUAAUUACUAUGAUGUUCUCGGUGUUGAAACGAGCGCCUCUGAAAGUGAAAUCAAAAAGGUAGAAAACAAAACUCACCCAGGCUUUUAUAUAAGUGUAAUGCCAUAUUGCUUAUGUUUUAAUAAUUCUAUCUUUCCAUGCGUAGGCAUACCGCAAGCAAUGAAAUAUCAUCCCGAUAAAAAUCCGGAUGAGAAGGCAUCUGAAAAAUUUAAAGAGAUUAGUCAUGCAUAUGAUGUUUUGAGUGAUCAAGAGAAACGUGAAUUAUAUGAUCAAUAUGGUGAGGAGGGAUUAUCUGGUGGAGGGGGUUCGAAUAUGUCACCCGAAGAAUUAUUUGCAAGCUUCUUCAGUUUUGGCGGAAUGGGAGGUGGUGGACCUUCCAGACAAAGGCGUGGAGAAGAUAUUAUUAAACCUUUCAACGUUACUUUGGAAGAUCUUUAUAAUGGAAAAACUACCAAAGUUUCCUUACAGAGAGACAUCGUUUGCCCAUCAUGUCACGGAAAAGGUAGUAAGAGUGGGGCCACAAGAAAAUGCCCUAGUUGUGAAGGACGCGGAGUUAAGGUCGCCAUGCGACAAAUCGGUCCUGGCAUGAUUCAAAGGAUUAACACGGUUUGUCCUAGCUGCGAUGGUGAAGGAGAAGUAAUUAGGGAAAAAGAUAGGUGCAAAAAAUGUAAAGGUGUUAAGACCAUAGAAGAAAAAAAAAUAUUGGACAUUUUUAUUGAGAAAGGUAUGCAAAACAAUCAAAAAAUCAUUAUGCAAGGUGAAGCUGAUCAAGAGCCCGGUGUUGAGACUGGUGAUGUAAUUCUUGUCCUCAAACUAGCACAACAUGAAAGAUUUGAGCGACAGGGUAAUGAUUUACUAACAGAAGUUAGUAUCUCAAUUACUGAGGCGCUUUGUGGGUUUUCAAAGGUUCUUGUAAAACACUUGGAUGGGCGUGGGUUGGUUAUAAAUCAUCCUGCUGGGGAAGUGAUAAAACCUGGUGCUGUAAAAUGCAUAGUAGGUGAGGGCAUGCCACAAUAUAAACGACCGUUCGACAAAGGUAACUUGUAUAUUAAGUUCACCAUAGAAUUCCCAACCGACAUGUGGAUUACUCCGGAUAAAAUCAAGCAAUUAGAAACGCUUUUACCAAGCAGAAAAGUAGAAGAAGUUUCACGUCCGGAUGUCAUUGACGAAGUGCAUUUGACCGAAGGAGACUUUAGCGAGUAUGGUAACAAGAAAGCUAAAGGCUUCGAAAAGAGUUCAAGAAUCAGCGGAGAUGUGCUUGCUGAUGUUUUAAAAGAGUAUUUAAUGUUUUUAGGAAAAUCUGCUCAAGAAGCCGCAACGAAUGCUGGUAGGACUAAAGUUAAUACCACCGACGUCUUGGUAGCCUUUGAAGACCUUGGUAUAAACUUGGAGGAGUUGAGGGAAUGGUCAAAAACCGAAGGGAAAGUUCUUGGAGGUUAUGCUGGACGAAAGCCAACUAUCUUGAAAGACUUGUUAAAAAGUGGACUUUCAAGUGAGGCAGAAGAUAAUAAUUCACCGGUGGUUGAAGCGAAAGAAAAGGAUAAAAUUGAAAAGAACGGUCAAAGUUCAAGAAAAACGGAACAUUUAGGUCAAAGGAUUCAAAUAAAGGAACUGACACCAAAAAAAUUAGGGAGUAACGAAAUUGAGGACAAUAUGAAAGAAGUGGAAGAAGACAUGAUUAUAGAUAUUGAAGGAAUAAGUGAAAUAAAUACACCGUUACAGAAUCAUUCUAAAAAUAAUCAUAGUAAAGAUGAUGAUAAUGUGUCCUCGUCUAUUGACGAAAAUGAAUUAUCAGCUCUUUCUUCGGAUCAGACGACACCAAUAGACGAUGGGAAAGUUCCCAAUACAAACGGUGAAAUUACAAAAGAGCAUAUAGAAGAGUUAAAUCAUAAUGAAGGGUUAUCAAGUACAAAAAAGAGACCUUCUUAUAUUCCUGAUUGGCUUCCACCAUUUCCCGAGAUUAAAUCACAUGAAGAACCUGUAAAAGAGGAUCAAAAGGUGGAAAUCAAAGAAAAAACAAAAGAAUCAAGUGAAUUGACAGAAUCAACGAUUUCAAUAGAGGGGGGAACACCAAAACCUAUCGAUAAUAUGAUAACCAGUCAAGAAAGCAUACCGGAAAUUCAAAGAUCGAUUAGUAAAUCUGCCGAUUCAUAUGUUAAAAAUAGAUACUCCAAACAAAAACUCAAACGUCCACUCGCAUAUGUUGUACUAGACGAAUUAUUUGAGAAGGCACUUACAAGCGAGUCUAUACCCGGAGAGUUAUCAUUUGAUGCUUCAAGGAAAAAGCGUAAAAUUGUAGAAUUCGAUAGUUUGCUUUCGUUUGAAGAUUCAUUGUUUAGCGAACCUGAAAUCCCCGCGAUGGAUGACAAAGAUGCAAAGGAUCUAAUGGAAUCUUAUGGUUAUCCAUUGCGACUUAAUGAAUCACCAAUACAACGGCAUAAGCAUGUUGAAAUAACAUCAAAAGGUAACAUAGAUGGUAAUAUAAAAGCACCUGCACAGAUUAAUGAUGUUACUUUAUCAUCAGAAACGAAACUUUCUAAAACUUUACAAACAAAAUCUUCAGUAUCGCGUAAAGGAAAGGAAAGAAUGAUCCCGGAGAUCAUUGAUUUCCGAGAGCCCGAUUUGUCCGUUGUUCCUAUAGAAUCCUCAAAAGCACUUAAAAAGAAAGAUCUAAAGAACAGUAAAGUUAAAAGAUCAAAUCUUAAAGUUUCAACAACGAAAGUUGAUAAUACCGAAAAAUUAUCGGAGUUUAAUCGACCGAAACUGAAAUUACGUAUAAAAUCGGCAUCUACGCCACCCUCUGAAUCACAACCUGAAGUAGUAGAUGUCAUUAAUUGUAUUUGUCCUCCUCCAAAUAAUACGUUAGACGAUGGAAAUUUUAUGGUAUCUUGUGAUAGUUGUCAAGUAUGGUUUCAUGGAAUUUGUACUGGCUUUGGUCCUCAUUCCGUUGAAGUGGGUACUUGGUACUGUAAAAGAUGUCUUGACCGUGGUAUAUUAUGA